AUGAUGAUCAAAGAAUGCCAAAAGCAGUGUGUCAUGAUGAUGAAUCUUAAAGCUUUCCUUUGCGCAGCGGCUGCACUGCAAGUGGCCAAUGGUUUCACAGCCGUGGGACCUUCGUCGCCCCUGCGACAAUCGGCUCUUUUCAUGACCACUGAAGAAGCACCCACAAAGGAAAUCAAGGUCGGUGUCAUCGGCUGUGGCCGUAUUGGUCUUGUGCACUUGGAGGCCACCACCAAAGCUCCUGGCGUCACCCCCAUUAUCGUUUCAAACCCCACUGUGUCCAAGGCAGAAGCUGCCGCCAAGCAGUACAACGUGAAGAAGUUCACUAAUGAUGCCAUGGAGGUGAUUGAGGAUCCUGAGGUCGACGCCGUCUGGAUUUGCUCCCCUUCUCAGUACCAUGCUGAACAAAUCAAGGCUGCCGCCGCCAACGGGAAACACGUUUUCUGUGAGAAACCUAUUGCCACCGAUUUGGGGGAGACUGUCGAGGCCAUCAAUGCCUGCAAUGAGGCUGGUGUCAAACUCAUGAUUGGUCUUCAGCGAAGAUUCGACCAGAAUUUCAAGCGUGUCCAGGAAGCUGUCCAGAAAAAGGAAGUUGGAGAACCCAUCAUGGUCAAGCUGUGCUCCCGUGAUCCUUCCCCACCUCCGUUCUCAUACGUUGAAGGUGGAGGCGGAAUCUUCGCAGAUAUGGCUGUUCAUGAUCUGGAUAUGUCUCGUUUCCUCGCCGGUGACGAUCCAAUCGACAUUCUUGCCAUUGGUUCUUGCCACAUUGAUAAAAGCAUUGAAAAGCUUCCUGGAUCUGAGAAAUUCGAUACCGCAUCCUGUCUUGUCCGAUACCCGAACGGUGUCCAAGCCAUGAUUGAUGUGUGCCGUCAGUCCUCUUUCGGAUACGAUCAACGAGCGGAAGUUCUUGGAACACAGGGAAUGAUUCAGACUGACAACGUCUACCCAAACACUGCCAAGAUUUACAAGAACGACUUUACCGGAAACGCCGAUAUGCCCUAUGACUUUUUCCUCUCGCGAUACAACGAGGCCUAUGUUACUGAAACCAUUGCAUUCUGUGAAUCUUUGGUGAACGACACACCCGUUCCAUGCACAGGAGAAGAUGGCUUGGUGGCAUUGAUCAUGGCAUUGGCUGCUGACAAAUCUGCCGAGGAAAACAGAUGGGUGUCUUUCCGUGAAAUUGUGGAGCAAGUGUACUGCGCUAGUCCUACUGAAUGCGAACUUCUUGCCACCAGUGAGGUUUUCCCUGAUGGAUUCAAGCCUACUGGCAAAGCUGCAGACUUGCUUCUGCCCCGCGAAGACCAGCAAAAAGGUGAGGGCGCAGGUUCACUCCAGAGGUGGUGGUCCAACAUGGUGAAGAGCGAUUAA